AGGGUGACUAUUACUCCACAGAUUGGAGUCCUGCUUCAAAAACGAGCAAAUAUUCAGGUACGUCAUUUAAGAAAAUUCUACUAAUACUUGAGCUAGAUAUCUGCUGUCAUCCCAACGAAAUAUACUAUACUUUUACAGGAAUUGAAAAGUAAAUUUAUGGAGACAGUACAUUAUUACAAUAUUCAAAUGAUUUUGUAUAUUUCUGUUUCCCAGGUGGCCCUCGUGUAUUGACCAAGAUAUCCAGUGGUGACAUAAAGGCAAAGGAAGGUGAUCUUGUCAACCUACUGUGUUCUGCUCAAGGUGAACUUCCAAUUACUUUCAGCUGGGAAAAAGACCAGAAGCCACUGGAAAGUUUCAUGGAGAAGGAAAAGCCCCAUCGCAGUUCUUUACUUGUUGUAACAGUGAAAGACCGAACAAGUUUUGGGAAAUAUAUUUGUCAUAUCGAAGAUCGAUUUCAAAGCACAAAUCAUACCAUUUUGGUCCAAAAACAAGAAGAUACAGGUAAUCUUUGCUUCUGUCGCUACUUGUGUUAAAAUAAAUAUAUCCAAGCCCACAAGAAAAUAAGUUAUGAUGUAGGCUAAACAAGUGAAAUAUUGUUUAAUACAUCGUAAUAUUCUUAAUCCUUCCAAAUUUCAGGCAACGAUGAAAAUAAUGAUGGUGGCGAUAAAUAUCUUGUAAUUGGAAUUAUAGUUUUAGCAAUUCUGCUGGUCAUUUCAUUCGUGAUUAUUGCUUAUUUCAUCUACCAAAUACGUCGACUAAAAUUAUCAAAGGCAAACCCGGAAAACAAGAGCAAGGACAGAAAUAAUUCAAAAGAUAUUUAUGAAAAUCCUGACAAAGUCAAAGAUGAUGCGAAUUAUGAACAAGUGGAAAAUGAAGAGUCGACGUAUACAGCUCUCAAUAGGACUGGGAAGGACAAAAAUGAUGAUCACUUCUAUGCCCAUCUAAAUGAAGUACACACGGAUUACGUAAAUCAGAAGGAAACUGGAAUCUAAGGGGGGGGGGGGGACUCUGGUCAGAAGCCCGUUUGAUUUUAUAUCUGGUGGAUAAGCUCAGUAUAGAAAAACAAGUAGGCAUGCAUACAGUCGCCAAACUAAAUCUUUACGACUUGAAUAGAAAAGUACCAAUCAGUAUUAAUGACUUAGACUGUUAUCAUUAUAUCCGAAAUACAUUAACUGUAAUCUAUAACUUUGUUUACAUUGCAAACUAGGUAUGGCCUGAUCCUUGCUCUGGCCUACAUUUUGGUAGAGUGAACGAACUUUGCCGUAGCCUAGUUAUAAUUACCCUCUUCAAACUUUUGUUCAGUUUGACGUAAUUCUACACCUUCCUAUAUUCAUUAGUACUAGUCAUGCGUUUUUAUGCGUUCACUUUUC